UGUUUUAUAAAAUAAAAAUCACAAUGGAGAAGGGCCAAUUGUGUUAUUAUUGCGAAGAGAAAAUAAAAUGUGAAAAUAUUUUACAAUGUAAUCAGUGUUUAAAAUCAUUUCACAUAAAAUGCCUAAAAAGACCAGGAACACCGGGUGAUCUUUGCGGUGAUGUUUUUUUUGAUUUUACUUGCAUUAGAUGUUCUCCAUUAGAAGAAAUAUUUGUGCGGAAAAAAAUUCCAUGGUUGAUUGUUAUUGUUCUAGCUAUUUAUAAUCUUACAAUUCAGUCACAAGGUUUAAGUCAUAAUGGAUAUUUUCAUUGGCGAUCUCACAUAUCUGCUUGGGUUGAUAAAAAUUGGAAGUACUUGUUCGGUGCUAACAUUAAACAACGAAAAAAAUGGUAUGGAACUUUAUCUGGAAUUCUUUCAGCAUAUAGUCCGGAAUUCUUUGAAUCUGGAGCAAAUAAAAAUUUGACUGAUUCUGGAUGGUGGAAAUUAAGUUCUAAACAAACUCCCAAAUAUUUUAUGAAUCUUUACGAAAAUAUACCAAAACGGCAAAAUAAAUUGCGUUCAAAAGCUGAAAUAUCAAAAAGUGAAAUAGCGAAAAAAAUAAAAACUGAAGAAUCAGAUAAUCAUGAAGAAAGCGAAUCCUCGGAUGUUGAAUCAGACGACAACUAUAUUUGUAGUCGAUUUGUUCCCUAUAUGGGAAGAAAAAGAAAACGACAUCAAUCAGAACAAUCAAGGAAUAGUGAAAGUUCAGUUAAGUUAAGUUUGAUGAAUUUUUUAGCGGAAAAUAUUUCUUCACAAACUCCUUUGCUUGAUAAUUCCGCAAUAUCGCCAAACAUUUAUGAAGAUUUCACUUUUAAUUCAAAUACAGAUAUUUCGUCAUUAUUGUAUGAGAAUAAUUUGGAUCUUAAUAUCGAUAAUGUUCCAAAACAAAAUCAAGAUUUUCAGCCUAGAAUAAUUCAAAUAACUAACUAUCAAAACUUUGAAUCGGACUUGAAAAAUGAAUCAGUGAAAGUGAAUGCUAUAAAUGAUUCAGAUGAAUCUUCUUUAUCUGAGUCACAACACUCAGAUGAAGAUGAUGAAAGUACAAUAGUUGAAUUUGAGAAAAGUUUAUUUACUAAAAGACCAACACGUCCGUUGCCUUGGCUAAAACGACGUAGUACAGUUUUACAUGAUAGUAAGGAUGCUCAAAGUUUAUCAGAAUAUGAUGAAAAAAAAUUGUAUAUGGCUUUGAGGAGAGUGUUUACUAUAGAAAAAGGUUCUAAAUCAUUAGAAAUACCAACAGAUAUAAGACUUUUGUAUCGUAAGUUGAGCUUAAAAAUAUUAAAAAAGCAAACUGGACUUAAGCAAUUUGAUUUAGAUAAUUAUAUGAAAAAUAAUUGGGAAAAAGAAAAAUCGGUCAAUAUUUUAGAUAGAUAUUUUUGUUUUAUAACUGAUUCACUCAUUCAUACUGUAGAAAAUAGUAAGAGAACAUUUUUGGCACAACUUUCAGGUUCAAAUGACUAUGAAUUGUUUGAAUCACCUCACACAUCAAGAGUAUUAAUGCCUUUUAUAUAUAGAAAUUCAACAUAUUUCCCAAAUUGGAUAAAACUAAUGUGUGAAAUUCAAUUUUCAAGAAUUGGUAAUUUGAGUAAAAAAGUAGAACGUUCAACUAUUGAUUUCUGUUAUGUUCGUCCAUAUCAUAUAGCUGGAGUAAAUAGUUUGCUGCAACAGAUGUUCUGGCCUGGAAUUGACAUGUCUGAGUGUUUAGCUUACCCAGAUUUUAGUGUUGUAGCAUUAUACAAAAAGUUAAUUGUUGGUUGUGCUUUUAUGGUUCCAGAUGUAAGCUAUAAUGAAGCUUAUAUUUCAUAUAUGGCUGUGCGGCCACAUUGGCAACGUUCCGGUAUAGCAAGUUUUAUGUUGUAUCAUUUGACACAAACAUGUAUGGGAAAGGAUAUAACAUUGCAUGUUUCCGCCUCAAAUCCUGCAAUAUGUUUGUAUCAGAAAUUCGGUUUUAAAAUCGAAGAAUUAGUAUUAGACUUUUAUGAAAAAUAUUUACCAAUCGAAUCAAGUCAAAGUCGGCAUGCCUUUUUUUUAAGAUUGAGAAGAUGAAACUUCACUAGAGUUUCAAUAAAUUUGUUUUCUAUACAGUAUUAUAUAUAGUAUGUAUAUAUUUGUUUUCUGUCGUAAAAAAAAGGAACGAAAUUUAUGAAUGAAAAAAAUAAAUAUUGUUUUAUCAAUGAA